AGGCUGGUCCUGCCCCCAACGUACCCAAGCUCCUUUCACAGUUUACAGAGUUGAUCUCACCCAAACUACACUUUCUUUGCCUUCCAAUCCUCUCAAUCGACCUUUACAAUGACCGUUUCUGAUGUUCGAACUCGCACUUUCUGCUGCUGCAUCCCGGCGAGAGCUGGUGUUAUCGUCCUCGCUCUGCUUGGUUUCCUUGGAGGAGGUCUAAUUUCUGCUGUGGCUAUCAUGGGUCUCAAACAAUCCCAAGGCCUCGAGAAAUCGAUGGGCCUCCAAGUCGCUGCAUUCAUCGUCCUAACGCUCAUCUCACUGCUCGGCUUGGUCGGUGGAAUCGCGCGCAAGCUCAUCCUCGUCCGAAUCUACUUUGGCCUCACCAUCUUCCAACUCGCCUUCAGCAUGGGCGCUGGCAUCUACGCCAUCUUCCGCGUCUUCAAGGACACGCCCAACUACAUGAGGGAGUGUGAGCUCCCCAACGCCGACAACGCCAAAGACAUCAAGGCCACAUGUAAACAAGGCAUUGACCUCAUCAAGGGCUUGAUGGUCACUGCAUUCAUCGUCGCCUGGUUGCUCCAAAUGGGAUGCUCCGUCGUCGUUCACCGAUACAUCCGCCAGCUCGAGGAUGAGGAGGAGUCGCGAUCCAUCGUCAAGGAUACCGAGACAUGGUAAAUGCCCACCCAGCGUGACUCUCUUACUCUACUUCCCAGACGAUAAUGCAUACCAUACUACGUUGAUAUCCAAAGAAAUACACUUGUUCCUGCUUCUGAAA